UUACUUCCAAUUCUUCAACUUCACACUCCACUUAAAGAAUCACAAUAUGGGAAUAUCAAAGAUUCAAUUACUAUUGCUCUUCACUCUCAUCAUUCUUCAAGCCACUUUAAUGGCUUGUGUCCAUAUUAGCAAUGAAAGAAAGCCAUACAUUGUCUACAUGGGAGACCUGCCAGCAGAAGCCGGGAUUUCACUGGUAGAUCAGCACCACAACUUGCUCGCUAAAGCUAUCGGAGAUGAGUCUAUAGCAAGAGAAUCAAAAAUAUAUAGCUAUGGAAGGAGCUUCAAUGGAUUUGUAGCAAGGCUAUUACCCCAUGAAGUGGCCAAACUUUCAGAGGAAGAAAAUGUGGUGUCAGUGUUUGCAAAUACUAAGAACAAACUUCACACAACAAGAUCAUGGGAUUUCCUUGGAAUGACACCAAAUGUACAGAGGAGUCUCCAACUAGAGAGUAACAUCAUUGUCGGAGUGUUGGAUACUGGAAUAUAUGUGAAUGCUCCUAGCUUCAAAGAUGAUGGUUACGGGCCUGCCCCAGCUAGAUGGAAGGGCAAAUGCAUCACAGGGACCAAUUUUACCGGCUGUAACAAGAAGGUAAUAGGAGCAAAAUAUUAUGACAUAGAUGGCAUGAACACUAGAGACAAAAGUCCAGCCGAUGACGACGGCCACGGAACACACACUUCCUCCACCGUCGCCGGAGUUUCGGUAAGUAGCGCAAGCUUAUACGGAAUUGGUAACGGAACUGCACGAGGCGGAGUUCCAUCAGCCCGCAUUGCCAUGUACAAAGUAUGCUGGGAAGAUGGCUGCACAGAUAUGGACUUACUAGCUGGCUUUGACGAUGCAAUUGCCGACGGAGUAGACUUAAUCUCGAUUUCAAUCGGAGGGUGGCCGAAGGACUAUUUUGACGACCCGAUUGCGAUCGGAUCUUUUCAUGCUGCGAAACAUGGAAUUUUAACUUCUUCUUCGGCCGGAAAUGAUGGGCCCUUGCUAGGUUCUGUGUCUAAUGUUGCUCCCUGGAUGUUGACCGUUGGUGCUUCUAGUAUUGAUAGACAGUUUAAAACUGCACUCAAGUUGGGCAAUGGCAUGAAAACUACUGGAAUUUCAAUAAGCACAUUCUCACCAGAAAAGGCAAUGUACUCAUUAACAAGUGGACUUCUUGCAAAGAACAUUAGUAACAGUGAUUAUUUCAACAUCAGCGCUUGUGAUCGGGGGUCAUUGGACAUAAACAAAGUGAAGGGGAAAAUUGUAUUUUGCCUUGGAAAUGGGCCUCAAGAUUCCACCCUUAAAGAACUUAACGGAGCUGGAGUAAUUUUAUCCAUUACUACUAUGGAAGACAUUGCUUUCACUUCUUUAAUAGCUUCAACUAAUGUCAACAUCAAGGAUGGUCUCAAGAUUGGUCAUUACAUCAACUCAACUAAGAAUCCUGAAGCGGUUAUUUACAAGACAAGAGCUGUAACUGUAACAGCCCCUGCAAUAGCAUCUUUUUCUUCGAGAGGUCCUCAAGCUGUCAGCCUCAACAUCCUUAAGCCAGAUUUGGUGGCACCAGGACUAGACAUAUUAGCAGGAUACUCAGAAUUGGCAACAAUAACAGGAGAUACAGCUGAUAACCGAUAUUCCAAAUUCAACUUUCUAUCCGGAACUUCGAUGGCUUGCCCUCAUGCGGCUGCGGCGGCCGCCUAUAUUAAGAGCUUCCACCCCGACUGGACGCCGGCGAUGAUCAAGUCUGCUCUCAUGACCACCGCAACACCUAUAAAGAUCAAAGAUAAGAGCAUGGAAUUAGGGUCAGGGUCAGGACAAAUCAACCCAAGAAAAGCAAUCCAUCCCGGUCUUGUAUACGACAUUUCAAUGAGCAACUACAUUAGCUUCUUAUGCAAGGAAGGUUACAAUGGAACCCUAAUUGGUUUACUUUUUGGCGACAAGAAAAAAUACAAUUGCGCAAACUUUAAAACUGCUCAAGGCACGGAUGGCCUUAACUACCCUUCAAUGCAUUUGCAGCUAGAAAACCCUAAUUCCAACAUUUCUGCCGUGUACUACCGGACGGUGACUCACGUGGGAUACGGGCCAUCGGUAUAUAAGGCGACGGUAAAAUGUCCGGAGAAUUUUUCUGUCAAAGUUAUACCUGAAACCCUAACUUUCAAAACAAGGCAUGAGAAGCUAGAUUUUAAGGUUAUAGUGGAAGGAAAGCAAAUGGCAAAUGGAAAAGGGAUUCAAUCAGCUUUGCUUGAGUGGAAUGAUCACAAGCAUAGUGUCAAGAGCCCUAUUGUACUCUUUAGAAUUUUGAGUAUUUAGAUUCAUUUAGUUCAUUUUAAUUUUAGUUUUUAGUUUUGGCUUAGAUAAGUAGCAAAAUUAUUGAUCAUGAGCUUGUAUUCAUUAUUAUGAAGAAAUAACAUUACUUACCAGUUCAUGUUCAUCAAA